UGCUGCUAGAUUAUGUACUGCAAUGGAUUUAUAAUUGCUGCUUUUUUUCUAACAUAAAAUAAAAUCUCCAGUCUGUAACUAGAUCCCUUCCUGAUCCCAGAUAAUGCCCACUCUGAGCAACAGCAGUGACUUCAGUCCGCCAACCUUCAUGCUGAUGGGAUUCCCUGGGCUGGAGAUGUAUUAUCACUGGAUCUCCAUCCCAUUCUGCACUAUCUACCUCAUGGCCCUUUUAGGUAACAGCACCAUCCUCUUUGUCAUCAAGACCAGCCCAAGCCUUCACCAGCCCAUGUAUGUUCUCCUUUCCAUGUUGGCCAUCACCGACUUGGGCUUGUCCAUUUCCACCUAACCGACGGUGCUGGGGCUCUUCUGGUUCAAUGUGAGGGAGAUUGACUUUAACGCCUGUGCCACACAACUCUUCUUUAUUCACACCUUCUCUUUCAUGGAGUCCUCAGUGCUGUUGGCCAUGGCCUUUGACCGCUACAUUGCUAUCUGCAACCCACUGAGAUACAGCAGCAUCUUGACAAAUUCAGCGUUAGUCAAGAUUGGCCUGGCCAUUGCUGCAAGGAGUUCAGGCAUUGUGCUGCCAACACCAUGGCUACUCAGGAGGUACAAGUACCCCAGGGGCACCCUGCUGCUCUCCCACUCUUUUUGCUUACACCAGGAUGUGCUGAAGCUCUCUUGCUCUGACUCAAGAGUAAGCAGUGUCUAUGGUUUGUGUGUUGUCCUUUGCACUUUGGUGAUAGAUUCUCUGCUCAUCCUGUUGUCGUAUAUGAAGAUAAUUAAGACCAUCACAGUCAUUGCCUCCAGGGAGGAGCGGCUCAAGGCUUUCGACACAUGUGUCUCCCACAUCUGUGUUGUCUUGAUCUUCUUCAUUCCCGUGAUUGGGGUGUCAAUGAUACACCGAUUUGGGAGGCACAUUUCCCCCGUUGCUCGUAUCCUCAUGGCCAAUGUCUACCUCCUCAUCCCACCAGUCCUCAAUCCCAUUGUGUACAGCGUGAAAACUCAGCCCAUUCAGAAGGGCAUCCUGAUGGCAUUUGGUAAGAAAAGGACCAUCCACUAGGAAUGGCUUUGGAUACUCCAGGUUUCCACUGAGAAUUCUUCAACUAUGUUGCUUUAUGGUUCAUUUACUUGUUCAUUGUUUUGGUUCUGAAUUUCUACCCCACUUUCUGGCUCCUGUCCCUACAGUGCUAUACAGCCCAAAAUACAAACAACAAUUUAAAAAUACAUGCACUGGAUGUUCUGGGAAGGAAAUAGAAAUGUUUUACUUUGCCGCUGGAUUAGAUAUUAAAAGCUUUGUAAAUUCUGAAGCAUGGAAAAAUCCUGCUUUGGGAGGUGCUCGUGUGGGAGGGGAAUGAAUUGGGGGGGGGGAAUUAAAGGUUACACUACGUGCUUUCUCAUCAAGUUUUAUUUCACUGCUUUAACAACAUAAAAUACAUAGUUCAUAAUUUAGUAUAUAAAAUUGUACUUAUUUAUGAAAUUGACAGA